CGCAACUCACCCGCUUCUGAAACAAUUAUAUAUCAUUUACUUAAUUCCCUUUUUUCUUGAUACAGUUACUGCAUCAUGAAGUUCCUUAAGUUUCUGCCUCCUCUUGUUAUACUACUAUCGUUGCUCCUGUUGGUCUCAUCAUCCUCAUGCUGUAACAUCCCUGCCUUGUUCAAUUUCGGUGACUCAAACUCCGACACUGGUGGGUUCUCCGCCGCUUUCGGCCCUCUUCCUCCACCUUAUGGCGAGACUUACUUCGGCAUGCCUGCAGGCAGAGGAUCCGACGGUCGCCUCAUCAUUGAUUUUAUAGCGGAGAGUUUGGGUUUACCUUACCUCAGUUCAUACCUAGAUUCCUUAAGCGCUAAUUUUAGCCACGGAGCCAACUUUGCUGCCGUAGGAUCAACUAUCAUCGAUCAAAAUGUGACACUAUCGCAGGGUGGUUACAGUCCCUUCUUCUUGGAUGCACAGCUGAAACAGUUUUUGCAGUUCAAAUCGAGAUCACAGUUAGUCUACAAUCAAGGAGGGGUUUUCAAGGGUUUGAUGCCCAAGGAGGCAUACUUCCCGCAGGCCUUAUAUACAGUUGAUAUUGGACAGAAUGAUCUUACUGCAGCUAUUCUUGGCAACAAGUCUGCGGACAAAUUCAUACGAAAUGCGAUGGCAGAGUUCUCGAGAGUAAUCAAGAAUAUAUAUGAAAUUGGUGGGAGGAAUUUCUGGAUUCACAACACAGGUCCUCUUGGAUGCCUUCCCUUCUUUCUCGUUCGCGUGAAUCUCACUCCCACAAACUUAGACUCAGCAGGAUGCUGGAUUCCUUACAACAAACUCGCGCAGCAAUUUAAUGCAAAGCUCUAUAAUACAGUAAUUGAGCUUAGGAGAGAGUUCCCUCUUGCUGCCUUCACUUAUGUUGAUGUCUACUCUGUCAAAUACUUGCUCAUAAGCCAGGCCCAAAAGUAUGGAUUUGAGGAGCCGCUUACAGCCUGUUGCGGAUACGGUGGUGGGAAACUCAACGUCGAUACCAGAGUUCGGUGCGGAGCUACUGGUAAGAAUGUUGACGGCACCAAGUAUCUUCUCUCAAAUUUGUGUAAGAAUCCAUUGAAAAGAGUGAGCUGGGAUGGAGUUCAUUACACUGAGGCUGCUGCCAAGUGGGUGUUUGAUCGGAUAUCUACCGGAGAGUAUUCUGACCCUCCCAACUCUCUGAAUACGGUAUGCCACAUUAAUUAUCAAGAUUAGUUGAAGCCCAUUAAUUUCUUUUGAAAUUGUAUGUGGAAAUGGAAACCAAUAAUAAUACAGUGAAUAUUAUAUGUUACGAAGCUUUAUGCUGAGAACUACAAAUGAAUGGAAUUGGAACGUGAAUACUA